CUAUAAUUUUUUAUAACAUCACGGUAUAAGUGACUCGUAUUGUUGAAUUUAUUGAAAAGAAUGUUUUGCUAUCUUUAGUGUAUUGAAGCUUUGAUUAUGGUACAGAAAUCAAAUAUACGCAAUUAAAAAAACAAAAACUAAACCAACCAAAUCAUAAAUACCAAAUAUGUUAUUAUAAUGUAACAUCAUGGAAUGUCAGUGCAAGUUGAACCACCUUUCAUUAGAUGAGCAUAUUUUUCCCAAACAAAACGCAAAAGAUUCAAGUUAUAAUCAUCAUUGAUGUUGCGUUGCAUGCCAACCAGACUGAUUGAACGAUUUAGUCCGACUUAAAAGUUUUACGAAAUGCUGUCAGCGCAUCUUAAGUCAUAAAGAGCUGUCUUUAAAAAAUCAAAAAUUGUACUACCUUUACGGCUGAAAGUUAACAAACACUUGAAAUGUUCAAUGUUUAGAGAAAACAACUUUGGGUGACUAAUUGAACAUAUGAUAUACGAUUGGUGGAAAUGAUUACUAAUACAAUAACUUAUAUUUGGUGUCAAGCAAACAUUCAUUCAUCGUAAAAUUACUGUUAGAGAAAUGUCCCUUGAAAACAAAGUUGCCAUCGUUACAGGAGGCUCGAAAGGUAUCGGAGCAGCAAUCGCUGAAACAUUGGCAAACCGUGGUGCCAAGGUUGCCAUUACUUAUACCUCUGAGAGUAGCAAAGAAUCAACCCAGAAAUUAGUGAAUAAGAUCAAAGGAUUUGGUACUUCAGCAGACGCCAUCAGUAUUCAAGCUGACUUGCGUGAUAUUGCAAGUGCUAAACAUAUCGUUGAGACUACUGUCAAAGCUUUUGGUCCUACUAUUCAUAUCCUCAUUAACAAUGCUGGCUAUCUAGACGAACCAAAGCCAAUUGGAACGACGACGUUAGAUCAGUUUAACGCUAUAUUCGAUUUAAACGUUCGAGCCGUUUUCUUUAUGACGGAAAGCGUGGCACCUCAUCUCCCCAAAGAUAAGGGUGGUAGAAUUAUCAACAUUGGAAGUAUUGCCGGAAGAAAAGCUUUUGCUCAAUAUCCUCUAUAUUGUGGAAGCAAGGCAGCUAUCGAAGGCUUCACAAGAUGUUGGGCCUCUGAAUUAGGUCCUCAAGGACACACGGUGAAUCAAGUCAAUCCAGGACCUGUUACCACAGAUAUGUUGAAAUCAUUAGACAGUGAGCUUGUAAAAGUCCAAGCACAAGCCACUCCUUAUGAACAACGAAACGCAAUCCCUGACGACAUAGCAGGUAUCGUUGGAUUCCUUGUUGAAGAAAAUGGACGAUGGGUUACUGGACAGGUAAUCUCAGCUUCUGGAGGAUACGAGAUGUAUUAGUAUUAUGUUUCGUGUAUGGGUGCUCACGGAGACGCAAUUGAUGGAAGUAGCCAAUGGUCUAAUGCGCUAUUACAUGGUUGGCUUUGAUUGUUCUAUGAAUGUUUAGUUUGAAGAAUCAUAAUUAAAUAAAAUACUGAAAUGAAUACUUUUCACGAAGAUGCUUUCGAGCUUAGAAUAUAAAAAAAAAAUGUUGUGAUUCUGAUGAGUAAAUAUUCCAAGGCAACCAAGUUGAUAAAUAAAAGGCUAUGAGACGAUAAACACAAUGUUCCUCUGAAUUUUUUAUCCUUUUGUUCUUUUUUUUUUCAAUGAAAGGUGAUUUUCCGCAAGUUUAUAAGCCAUCAACCCAGUAAAACGAGCUAAAUCAAAAGUAUAAUAAAGCUAUUUGCGUAGUUUGUUCUAUAGUUCAAAUAACACAGUUGAAAA